CAGCCUCCUUGAGUAAGACAUGACUUUCAUGGCGAUGACUUUUCUGUCAGUAGUCGUAUGCGUCAGUAAGUUUAUGCUGCCGAAGGGAAACGUCGUUUAUGCGUUACGAAAAGGAUGAUUUGUUCUUUGUAUAUUCUAUAUUACCAUGUGCAGUAGACUCUUCCUUCAAGCAUGGAGUUUGAUGAACAAGCAUCAGCUCAUUUCCUACCCUAGAAUACAAUGUGGUUUCCCUCCGUGUUCUCUGAAAAAGCAAUGGCCAGCAGUAUUGCUUUUAACAGUUCAAGAGCAGAAUUUCACAUGGUGUCAGAGGCGGCGGCUCCAUAUAUCAAACACAUUAUUUGUAGCCAAAGCAAGAAAUUCCAAGAAAAAGCUGGUGAAAGCUGUGAAUGUGAACAAAAAAGCAAUUGAGCUGCCAUUGAUAAAGGUCCACAACAAUAUGACAGUAGCAGAGUUAGGAGAAGCAUUAGGCAAAGGCACUGAUCAUGUGUUUGAGGUGUUGACUUUUGUCAAGGAAGGAGGCAAAUAUAAUCAUAAGAAAUCAGUAAUUGAUGACAUAAAAAUAAUCCAAGAAAUAGUGAAGAAGUCUGGCAUGCGCAGCAUAACAGUGGCACGUCAUAAAACAACUAAAGAGAAAGAACAAGGUGAUGUUGAAAGACAGCCUCCACCUGACCCUGCAGUUUUAGUUCGAAGACCUCCCAUUGUCACAAUCAUGGGGCAUGUAGACCAUGGAAAAACCUCACUACUUGAUCAACUGCGCCAUUCCAACAUUGUGGAUCAAGAAUUUGGUGGUAUCACACAACAUAUUGGAGCCUUUUCUGUGAGGCUCCCUACAGGAGAGUCCAUCUGCUUUCUGGACACACCAGGCCAUGCAGCCUUUACAGCCAUGCGAGCACGGGGAGCGCAGCUGACAGACAUCAUUAUUCUGGUUGUGGCAGCAGAUGAUGGCGUCUUGCAACAGACAAUAGAAUCUAUUCACCAUGCCCGGGAUGCUGGGGUUCCAAUCAUUGUUGCCAUAAAUAAAAUUGACAAACCAGAAGCAGACAUUGAGCGCACUAAGCACAUGCUCCUUGAACAACAGUUAGUGCUAGAAGAGUUUGGUGGAGACGUACAAGCAGUUCCUAUCUCAGCCUUGACAGGUGCUAAUAUAGACCUGCUCCAAGAGGCAAUCGUUACACAAGCAGAAAUAAUGCAGCUCAAGGGAGACCCUGUAGGUCUGAUUGAAGGCCGCAUUGUUGAGGCCAAAGUUGACAGUCGCAGAGGCAAGCUGGCCACUGCAGUAAUACAGAGAGGAACACUGAAACGUGGAACUUACUUAGUUGCUGGAACUGCUUGGGCCAAGGUGCGCGGAAUGUUUGAUGACACUGGAAGACCCUUGCAAGAAGCUCCGCCAUCAACCCCAGUAGAAAUCCUUGGCUGGAAAGAGUUGCCUUCUGCUGGAGAUGAGGUUCUUGAAGUUACUUCAGAGACCACCCUAAAACGUGUAAUAGACUGGCGGCAGCAACAGACUGAACUAAGAAAAUUAGAGCAGGACCAGGUUGUCAUCAAUGAGCAUCGAGAAGAACAGAAGCAGCAGCACCGUGAGGCUAUGAGGCAACGACGUGAAGCUGGUUUCAAUUGGGCUAGAAAAAAUCCUGGCCCCAGGCCAAAAGAGGCUAUUAUUGCUCAUGAAGGACCUCAGUUCUCCCUUGUUCUAAAAGGUGAUGUAGAUGGAUCACUUGAGGCAAUUUUAGACACACUUGACACAUACAACUCUAAAAAGUGUCGACUAGAUCUUAUCCAUUAUGGUGUCGGCAGCAUAACGGAAUCAGAUGUUGAACUAGCAGAAGCCUUUAAAGGUGAAAUAUUUGGCUUCAAUGUGGAGGUGCCAGCAGCAGUUAGCAAACUUGCAUUAUCAAAGCAGGUGCCUAUAAGAAUUCACAAAGUCAUCUAUCAUCUGUUUGAUGAUCUACGAAAAAGAAUUAGUUCACAUUUGCCUAUUUUGGAAGAGGAAGAUGUGAUUGGUGAAGCAAAGGUUCUGCAGGUUUUCCAUGUAACAGAAGGUCGGAACAAGAUAAGUGUGGCUGGGUGCAGAUGUACAAAGGGAAUAUUGAAUAAAAAGAAGAACUUUAAAGUGUUGCGUAUGGAUGAGGUCAUUUACCAAGGGGAGAUUAAGUCACUGAAACACUUCAAGGUGGAAGUAGAAUCCAUCAAAAUGGACAGAGAAUGUGGAAUAAACGUGGAUGAUCCAAACCUUGAGUUUCAAGUGGGUGAUGUGAUAAUCUGCUACGAUGUGCGCGAAAUGGAGCAGGAUAUAGACUGGCAGCCACACUUCUAACCACAAGAAAUAAUUAAUAAAUUUGUGUGGAAUCAGUUUUUUCAAUUUCAAAGAUAGUGACCUGCAUUUUUUCACAAAGACCAUCAUAAAGAUUUCAAAAGUAACUUUUUUAAAUUUGAAGAUUAAAUUGUUUAUAGUAUAUCACAAUUUAGAUCAUAAAACUAAAAUUGUGAUUAUUUAUAAAAUAUUUUUGAACUUAAAAAUGUGAAAUAGUUUCUCAUGUUUAUAUUUAUUUUGUCAUCUUCAUUUUGCCAAUUGUGAAAUAAUAUGAACUUGGUGUGAUUGUGUGUGUGCACACGCAUACAUGGGUGUGUGUGUGUGCAUGCAUGUGUAUGCACAUGCAUUUAUGCAUGUACACAUUUCUAAAUGAAGCAGAAAAUAUUUGUCUUUUUCUAAAAAAGCAAUAUUCACCAAAACAUUGUUUGGAUACAAUAAUAUUUUAUCAUCCUUAGUAAUAAAAGCAGUGGGUUUCUUUCAAA